AAGUGCAAGUGGCUUCUCUUUCCAGGCUCUCCCGCGAGGAGAACAUGGCGCCGAAGAGCUGUCGCCGGACGGGCGCCCACAAGGCCCACUCCCUGGCCCGGCAGUGGAAGGUGAAGCGGCGACGCCGAGAUCUGGACCAGAUCCACGGGGACAUGCUGCCCGAGAAAGCGGCGAAGCUGCUCCGCCAGGACCCGGACCCCGACCUGCCCGGCAGCGCCCAGCACUACUGUCUUCACUGCGCGCGGUAUUUUGUCGAUCUCAAAAGCAUGAAGGAUCACUUCCGGUCUAAGGUUCACAAAAAGAGGUUGAAAGAGCUGAGCGAGGAGCCGUACACCCAGGAGGAAGCAGAGAGAGCAGCCGGGAUGGGGUCCUACAUUCCCCCCAAGAAGGUCGAAGUCCAUACCCAGCCCCUUGAAGAAAUGGAGGAAUCCACUUGAAGAGGAACCAGACUAUAACAGCUCUUGGCCCAAUUGGAUGUGGACUGUGUCUUUAAACAUCACCAUUUCACUAUAGUAAGGACUGAGGCAUAAAAGCUAGCAGAUGGGGUUUUUUUGGCAGAGAUUAGAGUUUUGGAUUUUUUUGCUGUACAAAAGCCACUCCACACUCUCCGCUUUUGCAUCACCCAGAGUUCAGUGGGAGGUCAGGGAAGAGAAGAGCAGGCACCUCACUGUCCUAUUGACCUGAUUAUAUAACUAAUUUCUGCUUUUACAAUGAUUUCUAUUUAUCAGCCCUGGCUGUGGAUUUUCAAGUGUUUUUUUGUUUGUAAUGCGGCCUCUUCCAUAUCUUGAGAAAGUCUUCUUCAUACAUUAACCUGGAUACCCCUUGGGUUGUGUAUUUUGCUGAUUUGAUCUGAAUGCAUCAGAGGACACUUAUUAGAGCAGCAGUUUCUCAACCUUUCUAAUGCCAUGACCCCUUAAUGCAGUUCCUCAUGUUGUGGUGACCCCCAACCAUAAAAUUAUUUUCGUUGCUAUAA